AUGUUUGGACUGGAAAGAGCAGGAAAGACCCACAUGCUUUACAACAACCUAGUGGGUGAGGGAGGCAUGCAUACAAUUAAGAAACUGAAAGAGACCCUGGGCAUGAAUUAUGAGCAUGUGAUAGAAUCGCCUCAGAACUUCGAUGUGUGGGACAUUAGUGGGAACCCUCAACUGCGAAAGAACUGGUCGCUUUACAUUAAGAAUGUGCCAGUGGCGGGAGUCAUUUACGUGGUGAAUGUGAGUGAGGAGAUCGAAAGACUCAGAGAGAGCAAGAAGUGGCUGCACAUGAUUAUGAACGAGCAGGCGCUUAAUGACUGCAUCGUAGCAGUCGUGUUUAACAGCAAACCUAACUUGCAAGCCAAUUAAGCCCAGAGUGGUUUCACGGGGAAAGACAGUACUAUGAAGAAAGACCAAACCUUGAAGAGUGGCUAUGAAAGUCAGAAUAUGGCUACUGCUGCUAUGCAGAAACCAGUCAAGAAAAAGGAUCAGUGGGUAGAGUCGCCCUUCAAUCAGGAGUAACUUGAGAAGAUAUUUGCUCUUAAUAAGCUAAAGAAGACAAUGAUAAAGCAGUCAUUCUUGAUUGAUGUUGGGGAAUAAAAAGCAUGUGAAAAGGUGUUCCAAUGGGUCAGUGCCAGACUAGACUCAAAGAUCAAGUAAAAAGCGAAAAGAGAGAGGCAACAGGCUGCUGCGGCUUAAAGUGAAAAUACAGAUGCGAGUAAAUGA